AUCAAACACCAGCGUUAUCAGCCAGGGGACCUGAUCAUUGGAGGAAUCACUUCUCAGCUCUUCAUGCCUUCCUACUCUUCAUUUCUCUUCACUGAGAACCCCCAGGAAGUGAUUACCGAUGAACCUAUCUUCAUUCUGAAGAGCUACCAGCAUGUCCUGUCCUUGGUGUUUGCUGUGAAGGAAAUCAAUGAGAGCCCCCAGAUCUUACCCAACCACACUUUGGGGUUGCACAUUUAUGAAAGCUAUUUCAAUGCACGGAUCACUUAUCAGAAUACUCUGAACCUUGCCUUUACUGAGAAGAAGACGGUCCUCAACUACAAAUGUGACACUUGGAAUAAUCUGGUUGCCGUGAUCGGGGGCCUGGACUCUGAGACCUCUCUCCACAUGGCCACCAUUUUAGGUAUCUACAAGACUCCACAGGUCACUUAUUGCUCAUUUGACUCAUUUGAGUGUGAUAAAACUCUGGGCUCUUCUUUAUACCGCAUGGUCCCCAAUGAAGCAUAUCAAUAUGCAGGACUUCUUCAGCUUCUGCUGCAUUUUCAUUGGAAGUGGGUUGGGCUUAUUUCAACAGCUGAUGAUAAAGGAGAAAAGUUUGUGCGGACUUUGGAACACUUGUUUUCCCAGAAUGGUAUCUGUACUGCCUUUACUCAAAAAAUACCAAACUCAAGUGUAUAUUUAGAAAUGGAUGACAUGAUAGGUCAUUGGAUGGACAUGGUCGCAUUGUUAUCCAGUCCCAGUGUCAAUAUAUAUAUUGUGAAUGCUGACUCUCGAACUGCAAUGCAAGUGCUGUGGUUUCUAGUACUGGACGUAUUGCGAGGUUCGAAGCCUAUUGAAAAGGUCUGGGUACUGACUUCCCACUGGGAUUUCUCAUCAGAGACAUUUCACAGAGGACUGGACAUAAAAAUCUUCCACGGGGCCUUAUCCAUUGCAUUUCAUUGGAACGAGGUUGAGGGGUUUCAGAAUUUCCUUCGGAUCCUGAAUCCCAGCUCUGAGGGUGAUGGUUACGUCAAAAUGUUCUGGCAACAGGCCUUUGACUGUUUAUUUCCAGAUAGUGAUGAUGUGAGUGAUGGAAACAAGGAAAGAUGCACUGGGGAAGAGAAGCUGGAGACUCUUCCUGGGCCUUUUUUUGAAAUGAGCAUGACCAGCCAAAGCUACAGCAUUUACAAUGCUGUGCAUGCCGUGGCACAGUCUUUGCAUUCUAUGUAUUCAUCCAGCACUAAAAGCAAAACAAUGGUGGAAGAAGACCAUCAGGGGCCUUCAAAGCCAAGAGCUUUUGAGCUUCAUUCUUUUCUGAGGAGCAUCUCAUUUAACAACAGUGCCGGGGACGAGGUGACCUUCAAUGAGAAUGGUGAAUCGAAGGGUGGAUUUGAUAUUAUCAACUGGAUUACUUUCCCAAAUAAAUCCUUUCUGAGAGAGAAAGUAGGGAAAAUGGAUCCCCAAGCUCCACAAGGCAGUCAGUUCUCCAUUAAUGAGACCCUCAUUCAAUGGCACAACAGAUUUAACCAGGUUGUGCCCCUUGCUUUGUGUAAUGACAACUGCCCUCCAGGCUACAGCAGACAAAUUAAGGAAGGAGAGCCUUUCUGUUGCUAUGAUUGUAAGCCAUGUCCAGAAGGGAAGAUUUCAGAGAAAGAGGAUAUGGAUAGUUGUUUCCAGUGCCCAGAAGAUCAGUAUCCAAAUGAAGAUAAAAAUGGAUGUCAUCCUAAGAUUAUAACCUUCCUGUCUUAUAAUGAACCUUUGGGCAUCAGUUUGGCUGUUUUGUCUCUAUCUCUGUCUCUGACCACAACUGUGGUGCUUGGAAUCUUCCUUAAGUACAACAACACUCCCAUUGUCCAAGCCAAUAACCGGAAACUCACCUAUUCUCUGCUCAUCUCUCUCCUGCUCUGCUUCCUUUGCUCCUUGCUAUUCAUUGGCCGGCCUGAGAGACUCUCCUGUCAGUUACGCCAAGCUGCUUUUAGUAUCAUCUUCACGGUGGCUGUUUCUUCUGUGUUGGCCAAAACCAUCACAGUAGUUUGGGCUUUCAUGACCACCAAGCCAAAAUCCAAGAUGAGGAAAUGGAUGGGGAAACGGUUUGCGAACUCUGUUGUUUUCCUCUGUUUAUUCAUCCAAGCAAGUAUUUGUGCAGCAUGGUUUUGUAAUGACUCUCCAUUCCCUGAUGUUGAUAUGCAUUCUAUGACUGGAGAGAUCAUACUGGAAUGCAACGAAGGGUCUACCAACAUGUUCUUCUAUACUCUGGGGUACAUGGGAUUUUUGGCUCUUGUAAGCCUUGUCGUAGCUUACUUUGGUAGAAAGUUGCCCGAUGCUUUCAAUGAAGCCAGAUUUAUCACUUUCAGCAUGCUGGUGUUUUGCAGUGUAUGGAUGUCCUUUGUUCCAACUUAUCUGAGCACCAAAGGAAAAUACAUGGAUGCAGUGGAGAUCUUCUCCAUCUUGGCCUCCAGCGCUGGCUUACUGGGCUGCAUCUUUUUGCCCAAAUGCUAUGUCAUGAUCCUGAGACCUGAGCUGAACAACAGGGAACAGCUAAUACGGAAAAAAGUAUUGAAAUAG